AUGGAAUUUAAGCGAAGUUUCAAAAUCAACAUAACAGCUCUUCCGUGUGUUUACCCAAAGUUUGAAUCAUGGUCACUAGAUGGACAUGGAGAUUGCUGCUCAUGGGAUGGCGUCGAGUGUGAUGAGGCCACUAGUCAUGUGAUAGGCCUAGACCUUAGCCACGGCUGUCUCUUUGGUACUUUAUCUUCUAACACUAGCCUCUUUCGCCUACUCCACUUGGAAUCGCUUAAUCUUGCUUGGAAUGACUUCAACUCUUCCUCAAUCCCAUACGGCUUCAGCAAUCUUUCUCAAUUGCAUUACCUUAAUCUCUCUAGCUCACACUUAUCAGGAAAAGUCCCUUCAGAUAUUUCACGGCUCUCCAGAUUAGUUUCUCUUGAUUUGAAUUCGGGGUGGGAUCUUGAGGCGUCUCUUGGUCUUUAUUGGUUGGAUAUUCUUAAGAUGCCCAACAUAGACAACUUUAUUCAAAACUUAACUAUGCUUAAAGAACUUGAUCUCUCUUUUAUAAACAUGUCAUCACCAUUCCCUCAUGUACUUGCAAACUUCUCGUCUUUGAAGUCACUUAAGCUUGGACAAUGUCAGCUGCAUGGAGAAUUUCCAGUGAGCAUCUUUCAGCUACCAAACUUGGAAACCCUUGACAUUAGCUACAAUUUCUACCUUUCUGGUUUUAUUCCUGAAUUACAUUGGGGUUUACUUCCCACUUCAAUGGCCAAUCUUUCUCAGCUUGCUUAUUUAGAUUUAUCAUUGAAUAAAUUUCAUGGUCAAAUCCCUGCUUUCUUUGCCAAUCUUACCCAUCUAUCAUAUCUAGAUCUCAAUUACAAUAAUUUUAGUGGUGGUAAUGGGCAUUGGUUUGUCAACUUGGCGAAACUCACCAAUUUGAACCUUGCAGAUUGUCACUUAAGCGGUCCUAUUACAUAUUCAUUCGAGAACUUGACUCAGUUGGUUUCCCUUGAACUCGAUGACAACAAUUUGCAAGGUAAAAUUCCAAACUCAUUAUGGGAACUCAAGGAUCUUGAAUUUCUUUAUCUUCAUGGGAAUAAUUUGAGUGGCACCGUGGAUUUACAUAAACUCAAGAAAUUGAUAGUGUUAGAUUUGUCCUUCAACAACAUAUCUUUUGUCAGCAAGGCUGAGAUCAAUGUCACUCUUCCAAAACUUUCCAGUUUGCAUUUAGAUUCAUGCAACUUACAUGAGUUCCCCAAGUUUUUAGGCUACCCAGGCAUAUUAGAGAAUAUAUAUCUUUCAAACAACAAAAUCGGAGGGAGUAUUCCUAUGUGGAUGUGGAAUGGCAGCAGAGAAUCCUUGCUCGCUAUGGAUCUUUCCCACAAUUUUCUAACCGGCUUUGGAAAUAAUCAGAUCAAUCUACCAUUACCCAUGUUGAUCUUUCUUGACAUUAGUUCUAACCAGCUCAAAACAGAACUCCCUAGUCCACCUCCAUUAGUGGCAUACUAUAAUAUCUCCCAAAACUUCCUCUUCGGAGAAAUCCAAUCUGUUUGUAGUGGGAGAUCCCUCAUCAUUCUGGAUUUAUUCAACAAUAGUCUGAAUGGCACAAUUCCUCCAUGUGUGGGAAAUAUCAAUUAUUUGUCAACUCUGAAUCUUAGGAAAAAUAAACUUGUGGGCAUGAUUCCCAGUGCUUACCCAAAAGGCUGUGUGUUGGAGAUUAUAGACCUCUCAGAGAAUCGAUUGCAAGGGCCUGUCCCGAGAUCUUUGGCGAAUUGUACAAAGCUAGAGUAUCUGAACCUUGCUCACAAUCAAAUUCUUGAUGAGUUCCCUUUAUGGCUAUCAGAGUUGAACGAGUUGAAAGUUGUUAUCUUGAAAUUCAAUAAGUUCCAUGGUCCAAUUGAAGCUUAUCAAAGCCAGUUUAACUUCAGCUAUAUGCAUAUCAUGGACCUUUCAUAUAAUAGUUUCAGUGGCGAACUUCCUUCCAAGUUGUUGCAGAGUUUCCAUGCAAUGGAAGUGAUAACUAAGCAAGAACGGUUAGAAUAUAUGAAAACUUUGGCACUCCGUCCAUCUGACAAUUUAAGUGUGGGAGUUGUGGAUUAUCACAUGAAAUUAAUAAAUAAAGGUACAGAAAUGGAAUACUCAAAGGUUCCAUUUGCACUUAUGCAAAUUGACUUCUCCAAUAACAAAUUCAAAGGACACAUACCCGAUCUCAUUGGAGAUUUGAAGUCACUUAUCUUGCUUAACCUUUCAAGCAAUGUUCUAACCGGUUCCAUCCCGCCAUCCUUAGCAAAUUUGACAUUGCUAGAAUCUCUAGAUCUUUCUAGAAACAAGCUCUCCGGAGAGAUCCCUCAAAAGCUAGCCCAACUUACAUUUCUUUCAUCUUUCAAUGUCUCUGAUAAUCAAUUGUCGGGACCAAUACCACGAGGGAGUCAGUUCAACACAUUCUCAAUUGAUUCAUUCGCCAUGAAUGAGGGUUUAUGUGGAAGUCCUUUGCCAAAAAAUUGCAUAGAGGUUGGGGAUAACUUACCACUACCACCAUCUCCCCAUGAAAAAUUUGGUGAAGAGUCUCUAUUCAACUCAGAGUGGAAAUUUGUGCUAAUUGGCGCCGGAGUCGGGUUUUUGAUCGGCAUUGUGCUAGGAAACUUUAUCAUUGAUGAGAAAAGUAGGUGGUUCUUACACUACUCGGAGAGAAUGUCAAAAGGAUGGAAAAGAUUGAGAAGGCAUUGA